AUGGGUUUUAAGGCUGGAAAACAAGUGUAUAACAUUUGGCAGGUUGGGGUCGUUUCGUUGAUUUGGAGCUUAUGGAAUCAUCGCAAUGAUAUUAUUUUCAACGCUAGAGCCCCUUCUCGACAUGCUGUUCUGAUUCAGCUCAAGGUUUUCUUGACUGAGGCGGCAAAUAACUUCGACUUAGGGCCGAUGAACAAUUCUAUUUUGGACCUUCUAAUUCUUAGAGCUCUCUCGAUCCCCGGCAAGGCUAAGCGGCCUCUGACUUACAUCUACAUCACGUGGCAGCUCCCUCUCCUCCCAACUGGGGGCGCGGCUUUUGAAGCGGAGCUUUUUGCUCUCAUUAUUGCUAUAGAGAGCGCCCAUAAAACGGGUUGGCAGCAAGUCUGGUUUGAGGCCGACUCCACGUUCACUGUUAGUCUCCUGAGCUCUCGCUCUUUAAGUGUUCCUUGGCGUUUCAAAGCUCGUUGGAUUCAGGCGUUAUCUUAUGCGGCUACCUUUUCUUACCGCAUCUCUCAUAUUUAUCGUGAGCGCAAUAGAGUCGCGGAUUGUUUGGCCUCUCAUGUUAAAGAUGAAGGUUAUUGGUUUCAUGAUGUUGCAGAUAUUAGACAGCUGGUUAUGGAGGAUCUUUAUCUUCCUUUCUUCACUCGCGUGGUCGACUAG